AAGCCUGUCUUUUCUUAAUCACUGAACCACAGCUACCCCUAGAAUCAAUAGCAUGUUAGAGCUCAAAGAGCUAGUAGAAAUUUAACCCAACUCUUAAUUUUACAGAUGAGGAAAUAGGCCCAGAGAAGGGCCUAAGAACACAUUGCUAGUUUGUGGCAGAGACCAGAAUAGAACCAGUCUUCUAUAAUCCAGUCAAGUAUCUUUCCAUGGUAGUGACACUGUGGCUGUCUCUCUUAACUCUCUGCUAAUCUUUUCCCUUCUAGCCCUCCUACUAUUCAGGAUUGCAUUAGCCACCCAGAAAGAAAACUAGUGGCAUAAGCAAGGCACAAAGGUAAUCUUGAUCACUUAUUAAUGUUCAGCAAGAAGCACAAAUGGAUUUCCCUCCUGCUGGAGAUGAUCAGAGAGAGUACUGUUGGGAAUAUCAUUCCAAACUCCUCUUUCAGAUGGAACAGGAAUGGGUCUCCCUUGGUCUGUGACCCCCUACUCCACCAACAUUCAAUAACAAUUUAAACAGUUGAGGAAUAGGUUAGACCAAAUGCAGGAUCAGCCAGCUUCACACAGGAGUGGAAAGUAAACCAUGUUACUGCAGGAGACAUUCAGUAACCUGUCCCCCUUCUCCUCCCCCUCUUAUCCUUCCUGUACUUAUUGGGAAUGUCUCCAUCAGCCCUAGAGAUUCUAUUGGCUUUUUUUCUCAACAUCCUGGGUCGAGUGACCUCUGGGUCUCAGUUUCUUGAUUUAGAGCUGGUAAGGAAGUCUUUAGAGCCUCAUUUUAUAGAUGAGGAAUCUUAGGCCCAAGGAGGUUGAAGUGACUUAUCCAGAUCAUAAGCUUCAGAGGCAGGAUUUGAAUCUAGAUCACCUCAUUCCAAAGACAACUUUCCAUGGUGAUAUUUACCCUAAAAUGAGUCAGGAAUAGAAAGUGCCCUUUAUAGUAGCAGGGGUCACUAGGAGGGCAGAGGGGGACUCAGGGGCUUUCUAUUAAGCUCACUGCCAAAGUAUUCAUGUUUUUUCACAUUAUGCCCACUGUUAGUGGUUCAAGAAUAGAAAUAAUUCAUUUGUGUAUUAAUUUGCAUGUAACAGUGCUAUUAUUUCUCAAUGUCAGAAUGAAUAGGAACCUUCUGGAUCUUUCCCCUAGUUUCAGCCCCUGCCCUUCUAUAAUGAAUUCCCCCUACUCAUAGCCCUUAAUUGUUUUCUCAUUGUCCCUAGUCUCCAAUCCUUUCUUCUUCUUAUUGAUAUUGUUCUGGGGCAUUCCAACUGGAGAAGCUUGAGAUUGGGCUUCUUUUUUUAUGGAUACAGGCUGGCCUGGUGUUGAUUUCAAGCUUGGACUUCCCAAGGCUUUUCUACUCUCCCCAAGGCCUUUCUUUCCAGGUACAGCACCAUUUCCUGAAGGUGCCAGAGCCUCUCCUCCUUGUUUGCUCUUUGUGUUAGUCAGUCCCACUUACCCCUGGGCACAGUUCUCCUGGUAUUCUCCUCCCACAAAGGCUACACAGAGGACAGACAGCUCAAGGCAGCCAUGGCUUGGCUUCCUGGAUCCCUAGUGUUCUGGACAAUGCUGACCCUCAUCUACCUGAUCGCCCCAGGAUGCCUGGUGGAAGUGAAAGUGCCAAUUGAACCCUUGAGCAAACCUGCUGGUGAGGCUGUAGAGCUGACCUGUAGCUAUUACACGUCUGUGGGAGAAAACUUUGCACUGAAAUGGAGCUUUGUCCAGCCUGGUAAUCCCAUCUCCUCAGAUGAGACUAUCCUAUAUUUCACCAAUAAGGAGCUAUAUCUGACGGGGCCCCAGGCAAAGAGGGUCACUCUGCUGCAGAAUCCCCCUACAGAAGGGAUAGCCACACUUCGAUUGACAGAUAUUCAACCUUCAGACACUGGAACCUAUCUCUGCCAAGUCAACAACCCACCAGACUUCCAUAGUAAUGGCCUGGGGCUGGUCAAUCUCACAGUGCUGGUACCCCCAACAAAGCCCACAUGUGGACAAAGUGGGCAGAUCUCAGUAGGAGGGGGUGCUGCAUUGAGCUGCAGUUCUUCAGGGGGUGCCCCCCGUCCCGUGUACACCUGGGUUCGAUUGGGUUCUGCUCCUACACCAGCUCCUGGAAGCAUGGUACAAGAUGAGAUCUCUGGUCGGCUCAUCCUCACCAACCUCUCUCUCUCUUCCUCUGGAGUUUAUCGAUGUGUGGCUGCCAAUCAGUUAGGCAGUGCCUUCUGUGAACUGACCCUUGCAGUGGCUGACCCUUCCAAGGGCAGAGUUGCAGGGGCUGUGAUAGGUGUCCUCUUGGGCUUGCUGUUUUUGGUGGUAGGUGUAUUCUGCCUACUGAAGUUCCAGAAGGAGAGGAGUAAGAAGUCAAAGGAGAUGUAUGGGGGCAAUGAUCUUAGAGAGGAUGCCAAGGCCCCAGGGGUUUAUGACUCACCCCUCCAGAGAGGCCAUUCAGAUGUUGGGCUACUGGAGAGGUCCCCUUCUGCCAGCACAGUGACUACCACCAAGUCCAAGCUCCCAAUGGUUGUUUGACAGCUUUCUGUAUUCUACUGCCUCAAUCUUCAGGAACUUGGAUUUAUAAUUAAAGUCCUAGUUUUCAGUA